AUUAAGUUAUGAUGUGUAAAAUGUUAAAUGUAGUUAAUUUUAUAAUAUGUGUUGCAACUUUUAGUCAAACAAUUGCUUCGAGUCUAGCUAUAAAACGGGGUCCACAUCAUCCGCGAAGUGAACAAUCAAAGACUCGAAAAGUUGACCAGCAUUUAACUCAUGAAGAACAUCACAUCGAGGAUGAUUUAAAAGAAAUGGGAAUCAGUGCAAAUUUGGAUGAGAUGUCGGAAGAGGAAAAAAACUUUUAUUAUUUCAAGGUACACGACAGUGACAAUAACAAUGCAUUAGAUGGCUUAGAAAUGCUACAAGCUGCAAUACAUCAAGAUGAAAAUUUUAAAAAACUCGAUCGUGACAAUUACAUUCAAAACGCCAAUGAAGAACUUGAUCAUAUCAUAGCGGUUAUAGAUGAAUUUCUUCAACUUGCUGACGCUAACAAGGACGGACUGCUACAUUAUCCAGAAUAUGUGAAAGCUGUGACUGGUGUCGCGGAAGAAGAAACACCAUUAAAUAACGUGUAAUUUUAAAUGUUAAGACGCCAUAUUUGGAAAGUUAAAGAUCAA